UUCAUCGCUAAUACAAAACUAGGAUUAGGGAUUUUGGAUUGUCGAGCCAUGGCGUCGACGAAGAAGAUCACGUUGAAGAGUUCUGACGGUGAGGCCUUCGAGGUCGAGGAAGCGGUGGCGUUGGAGUCGCAGACGAUAAAACACAUGAUCGAAGACGAUUGCGCCGAUAGCCACAUCCCUCUACCCAACGUCACCAGCAAAAUCCUCGCGAAGGUUAUCGAGUACUGCAAGAAGCACGUUGAAGCCAAUAAUUCUGAUGAGAAACCCUCCGAAGAGGAUCUCAAGGCCUGGGACGCUGAUUUUGUCAAGGUCGAUCAGGCCACGCUCUUCGAUCUCAUUCUGGCUGCAAACUACUUGAACAUCAAGACCCUUUUGGACCUUACUUGCCAGACUGUGGCAGACAUGAUCAAAGGGAAGACUCCAGAGGAAAUACGCAAGACAUUUAAUAUUAAGAAUGACUUCACCCCUGAGGAAGAGGAUGAAGUUCGUCGGGAAAACCAAUGGGCUUUUGAAUGAGUAGCUUUUGAAAUCUCAAUGAAAUAUAUGUCAUGUGCCUAAUCUAUAGUUGCUAGUCAUGUUUCUGACUCUUUAUGUUUGACUAUGUUCGUGUAUCAGACUUAUCUUUUCCGUAUUGAACAUGUGAGCAAUGGUGAAAUUGUAAGUAAAUAGUUGAAUAUGGUUGUGGGGCGUAAUGGCGGAGGCUGGUAUGCGGUUUAUUGUUAAUUCAUUGUCAUUUCUCUGUUACUCAUAAUUUUUCUCUACAUGGUAGUGCCUGUUCUUUUUGAACUCGUAUCCUUUUUGCCUGUCUCUGUUCUCUUUGGAAACGAUUUGGCAAUUAACAUAUUUCCGUCAAUAAUACGAGUGUGGCUCAAGUUUGAUCUGUAUGGAUUAUUGCAUCAGGUAACACUAAUAAGCUGCUAGUACAAGUUAAAAUAAUUAUAGAAGGAAAUAAAAUUAUGUAUCGAGGAAUUUUACGAAGUCAUAAAUUUUAAACUAAAAAAUGCCAAAAUUAUUCAAAAAAGAGGUGAGUUUUUACCCGAAAGAAAGUUGAAUUAUUGUAUUUCAAAGUAUAAGAAAUUAUUGGAAGUGAUUAUUAAUGGUUAUCACCAGAACAAAACAUGAGACAAGGAUCGAAAAUAACAAAAAGUGACUUUUACAAGAUUAAAGAUAACAAAAAGGUUAUAGUAGAGUAAAAUACAUUAUAAGGGCAAAACACGACGACAAUAAAAAAGUGAUAGUUAUAUAAGAUC